AUGGAACACCCAAGCAAGAUGGAGUUCUUCCAGAAGCUGGGCUAUGACCGGGAGGACGUGGUCAGGGUGCUGGGCAAGCUGGGCAAGGAUGCCCUGGUCAACGACGUGCUGCAGGAGCUGAUCCGGACAGGCAGCCGUCCCCGGGCCCAGGAGAGCCAGGCUGCGCCCCUGCUCGUUCCCCGGGGCUCCUGUGGGGUCCCGGAUGCUGCCCAGCGGGGCUGGGGGGCAGCCCCGGAAGAGGACUGUGGAGGCCCCGCCAGCUCCCUGCGACCCAUAGUGAUUGACGGCAGCAACGUGGCAAUGAGCCAUGGAAAUAAAGAAGCCUUCUCUUGCCGGGGAAUCCAGCUGGCUGUGGACUGGUUCAGGGACAGAGGACACACCUACAUCAAGGUUUUUGUCCCAUCCUGGAGGAAAGACCCACCAAGAUCUGAUACCCCUAUUAGAGAGCAGCACGUGCUGGAGGAGCUGGAGAGGCAGGCGGUGCUCGUGUACACCCCGUCCCGCAAGGUGAACGGCAAGCGGGUGGUCUGCUAUGACGACCGCUACAUCGUGAAGGUGGCCUACGAGCAGGACGGCAUCAUCGUCUCCAACGACAACUACCGGGACCUGCAGAGCGAGAAUCCCGAGUGGAGGUGGUUCAUCGAGCAGAGGCUGCUCAUGUUCUCCUUCGUCAACGAUCGAUUCAUGCCUCCUGAUGACCCCCUGGGCCGCCGAGGACCCACCCUGAGCAACUUCCUGAGCAGGAAGCCGAAGCCCCCUGAGCCGUCCUGGCAGCAAUGCCCCUACGGCAAGAAAUGCACCUACGGCAUCAAGUGCAAGUUCUACCACCCGGAGAGGCCGCACCACGCGCAGCUGGCGGUGGCCGACGAGCUCCGCGCCAAGACGCGGCCCGGCGCGGCCGGGAGUCCCGAGGAGCAGCGGCCGCCGAGCGCCCGGGGCGGCGCCGCACGAGCCCGGCCGGGCCCCCGGGAGCCCGGCGCGCGCAGCCUCCCGAGCGGGCCCCCCGACCUGGCCGCCCUGCGCGGGGGCUUCUCGCGGCUGGCCGUCAGCGACCACCCGGGGCUCCGCGGUCCCGGCUGGGUGCCCUGGGGCGGCCCGGAGCCCGGGGUCGCGCCGUCCCCGCGGGCCGACAGCGCUGCCACCCCCGGGCCGCCCGGCCUCCCGAGCCCGCAGAGCCCGUUCGCCCCCGGCGACUUCCCGCUCCCGCCGCGGGGCGGACGCUGCCCCGGGGACCUGCACGGUGACCCGCUUCCCCAGCGCCGGCCGCCCGAAGACCCGUGGGCCCGCCCGCCCAGCUCCGACCGUUUCCCCGGCUGCUCGGCCUGGGUGGAUCCGGUCUGGGGCGACGGUGCCUUUGGAGGCCCUUGGGGGUUCGCGGCCGCUGGCGACGAGGGCGACGCGCGCGCCCGGGCGCGCACCGCGCUCUGCAGCAUCUUCCCGCCCGACCUGGUGGACCGCGUGAUGGCCUCGUUCCCCGAGCUUUCCGACCUCGCCAGGCUCAUCGUCCUCGUGCAGAGAUCCCAAAGGGCUGGUGCAAGGCUGGGAAAGCCCUAG